AUGGGCAAAACGUUAGGUCUGGUAAGGGCCAUUUACAUGGUUUCCAUCUGCUGCGUGGGAUCAUUCCUUUUUGCAUACGACACUGGCAUUAUCGGGGGCAUCCUCACCUUGGAGUCGUUUCAGAACUCCUUCCACUAUGACAAGGCACAGAAGUCGACCAUCAACUCCAAUUCCAACAGCCUUCUGCAGGCCGGAGCCUUCUUCUCCUGCUUCUUUGUCUGGCCGUUUACUGCGCGAUACGGUCGACGGUGGUCGAUCGCGCUCGCGUCGCUGAUUUUCUGCAUCGGCGCCAUCAUCCAGGUCAUCCCGACGCAUUCAAUCGCUGCGUUCUACGUGGCACGCGUGAUCAGUGGUAUUGGAGUGGGCAUGGCCACGGUGAUAGUCCCCAUGUUCAGUGCCGAGAUGGCACCCAAGGAGAUCCGAGGCCAGCUGGGUAGUCUCUUUCAGUUUUUCUUCACCUUGGGGGUUAUGACAUCCUACUGGAUCGAUUAUGCAGUGAAGAAGCAUGUUCCGACCAGCGACCGACAGUGGCAAAUUCCCAUCGGGCUGCAGCUUGUUCCUGGUGGGAUUCUGGGUACUGGUAUGCUGUUUCUGAAGGAGAGUGUGCGGUGGCUGGCCAAACAGGGCCGACAUGAUGAGGCGAUGCGGUCGUUGAUUUGGAUCCGUGGGGGACAAGAAACAGAGGAGAUCCACGCAGAGAUGGCGGAGAUUUUGAAUGGAAUCGAAGCGGAGAAUCAGGCCACCGAAGGAGUGUCGUGGAAGGAGCUACGACAGCCUACUAAUCGAUAUCGCAUGUUCAUCACCGUCACGAUCCAGAUUGGAGUCCAAUUAACCGGCAAUACAUCUCUUGCGUACUAUGCGCCUCAAAUCUUCCAAGCCGUGGGUGCAGGACAGGACAGUCUUCUGAUCAGUGGAUUCUUCGGCGUUGUUAAAGUCGUCGCAUGCUUCAUAUUUGUCGUUUUCCUAGUUGAAAGAAUCGGUCGAAAAUGGUCCCUUAUUCUGGGUGCCUUUCUGAUGGGCGCGUUGAUGCUAAUCGUCGCUCUUCUCUCCAAGACGUUCCCUCCCGAGCCCAACGCCACCAGCAUCUCCAGCCCCGGAAUUGCAUCCAUUGCGAUGGUCUACCUUGAGGCUAUGGCAUAUAACAUGUCAUGGGGACCGAUUCCGUGGCUGUAUAUGAGCGAGAUCUUCCCCACUCGUAUUCGGGAAAUGGGUAUUGCAGUGGGCACGGCGACGCAGUGGCUGUUCAACUUUGUCUUUUCGCAGGCAACGCCGCACGCCGUAGAUAACAUGGGGUGGAGGACAUUUCUGAUGUUUUGUAUUUUUAACUGGGCGCUGGUGGUCUACUCCUGGAUCUUCAUCAAGGAAACGACCGGCAAAUCCUUGGAGGAGAUGGAACAGGUGUUCCAAUCGAAGGUGGUGCUCUUCCACAAGGACGUUCCUCAUGAGGAGAACAUAGAGACAGCGCAUGAGCGAGAAUGA